GCGCAGCUGGAGGGAGGGAGCGAGAGGGGGCAGCGAGAUCGCGCUUUCCGUGUCUGCUUAGCGGACUGACAGCCAGCUGUGCUGUUACAACGAUAACAACAACCCCUCGGAUUUCAUACACACCUCUAGAUUAGUGUUAGCUCGCUAGUGAUCGCAAUCGUCCCCUGUAGCUAGUUUUUUCAAAGUACAUUCUCGAUACCUUACACCGGCAGUGUCAUUUCCAGCGCCUGCUUUCCGUGCUAGCUAGCUAGAAGAGCAUUCCUCAAACAUGAAUCCGUUGUGUGGCAGAUGUAAUCGAGUCGUUUACCCAACGGAAAAAGUGAAUUGUCUGGACAAGUACUGGCAUAAAGGAUGCUUCAGCUGCGAGACCUGCAAAAUGACUCUAAACAUGAAGAAUUACAAAGGAUUCGAAAAGAGACCAUACUGCAAUGCACACUACCCCAAGACACAAUUCACCUGUGUGGCUGACACUCCGGAGAAUCGCCGCCUCAAAGAGCAGAGCAAGAUGCAGAGCCAGGUUCUGUACAAGGAGGAGUUUGAAAAGAAUAAAGGGAAAGGUUUCAGCGUGGUCGCAGACACACCAGAGAUGCAGAGAAUCAAGAAAACACAGGAUAAUAUCAGCAACAUUAAGUACCAUGAGGAGUUUGAGAAGAGCAGGAUGGGAGGAGAAGCCCCACCCCAUCAGCCAUGCAACCCUACUUCAGCAGCGUACCAGCCCCCUGCGGCCUCUCAGAACUACCACUAUGAGCCUGCUGCCGAGCCCGUACGUCAGGCGGCGGCCGCCCCUCCUCCCAGUGCCGGGAAGCGGUACAGGGCAGUGUAUGACUACUCUGCCGCUGAUGAGGACGAGGUGUCCUUCGUGGACGGGGACGUGAUCGUAGACGUGCAGCAGAUCGACGAGGGCUGGAUGUACGGCCGCGUGGAGCGCACCGGCCAGCAGGGCAUGCUGCCCGCCAACUAUGUGGAGGCCAUCUGAGAGAGGGAUAGAAAGAGAGAGAGGGAGGAAUAGAUGUGGAGGGAAAGAAGGAAAACGAAAAGCCCAGUGCCAUCUCAUCUUAAUGCCGCUUUCUCUUGAUUUUACUCUUGUUCUCUAAUCUGUCCUGUGAGACCCCAAAUGCCCCUUCUGCAUCCCUGAUCUGCUCUCACUGUUCAGCUCUCCCACCACAGACACCCUCUGUCUGUCUGUCCUCCUCUGUCUGUCUGCCUGCUUUCCUGUCUGUCUGUGCUGAUGCCUUGUCCGUCUCUGUUUGGAUGUCUAACAUCCUCCUUUCUGUCGCUCUGUUCCCAAUCCUAGCUCCACUCCUCUGGUGCUGUCACAAGUGGAAAUUGAAAGUCUUUAAUGAAAAAGAUAAAAACACAAUUCAUUGCAGUAUGUCAAGGGGUUAUGCCGUGCCACGCCGCUUCAUCUUUGCUAUAGCACUUGAAAUCCUAACAAAACAUAUUGCAAAAAAAAAAAAAAAAGGAAACUUUAAAGGCUUUUUUGCCACUAGUCAGUCAACACACAGUUGCCAUGGUAGCAGACAACUGCAGUCAUGCUGCAGAGAAAACAAGUUUGGACUAUGGGCGUGGCAUUUUCAGAGGCCUGUUUGUUUUUUGCUGUCGUAUUUGUGCAGCGCGAUCUUGGCCAGACUGGAAACAAAGUGUAGAAUCUCUCUGUAUUGGAUCAGUCCGAACUGAGCUUGAAUAUUUUGACUUGCAUACAUUCCUUUAUCCUCAAUACCCCACUGCUGUUGCAUCAGUCAGCCAGUUAUGAGUCUUAACAGAGGUUUUAUAUAUUUAUAUAUCGACACACACACAAUUCUCUGUUGAUAGAGAUGCCCCACGUGUUUAGCACUGCAUUGUGGGUAUUGUCAUGAAACUGGAAUCUUAACUUAACUGAAGUGCACCUCCUGACGUUGCCCUCUGCAGGCGUGUCAAAUACAGGAGGCAUCAGGGACAAGUUAGGGGACAUGAUCAGCCAAUGGCCUCUAACCCAUCUCUUAUGGUCACACUCACUACAUCACCUCAGCUGGUGUGAAUUUAUACACCUGAAUGCCUUCAGUCUCGAGUGGAUCGUAAAGUUGACGGCGAUUGUGAGGAGAAAGGAGAUGGGAACAGGUCAAGUCUCUCCCUAUUGCUAUAACAUGACCAUUAGAGUAGACCCAUCUAUAAAAGAGAAGGUCAAGCACAACUCUGUAUUGUGAAUCUUUUUUUUAUUUUUUUUUUUUAUUUUAACGUCAUUUCAUUGGUUUUGUGACUGAACAUUCCAUUUUGUUUUUCCAUGAGAUGUGAGUGAAAUUGUUGAACUGUGUAUCUUAAGGCCAGAAACCCUGGCUGUGGUUAACGUUGUUGUCAUUUCUCUCAUGCUGUUUUCUCCUUUGCUUUUCUUGCUGUUGUAAGAGGCUUAUUUUCAAACAAAUGUCAAUGUGUAAAAUGAAUAAACCAGCAACUCGAUUUAUGAACCAAGGCAGACUAGUUCAUCUAGACAUGCGCAAUCACAGAGCUAGAUCUGUUGUGUGGGGGGUAAAGAAAAAUCCACCUGCCGUUUCAGGUCACAACAGCGUUGGCUACCUGUAGACAAAAAAAAAAAAAAAAAAAAAAAAUUCAGCUGAACGCCUGCUCAAUCGAGACGAUUCAUGACCCGAGUAUCUGUUACGCUGGCUGUCUCUCGUCCUUGAGGCUCUAAAAGAGACCAAUGUUAUGGAAUGACACCCAUAAAUAAUCCAGAAAGUGCCAGUGUGUGUGCUUUGGUCAUGGAAUAAUGCAACCAUGAGGUCAGCGCUAUCACCUGCAACAUGAUCAGCAUUUGUCCCCAUUUGGCAGGAAUGUUUUUUUUCUUUUGCUGUCAACCGUUCACGCGGUUGGUAAAUCAGAAAAUUGUCAACCAGUUUUAAUAUUUUAGCAGUGAAUUUGGUUUUUCAGGCCCUCCAAACAAUAGCUGGUAGACUGCAGAAGUGGAUAGCAGACAAACAUAUCGACCACAGACAGAAUUUAUCAUUGCAAGACUGGUGACAGUUUCCCAUGCUAAUGAAUAAAUAAGGUUGGUUUAUAAAUCAGUUAAGUUGCUGCCCAGUUACCAUGAUGGCAUGCAACGCAACAUUUACACUGUAUCCUUACUUCACACAGUAUACUGUACUGUAGCUUUGUAACAUCCAUAUCGAGCUUAGGAAAUUACAUUUGACCAUUUCUGAGUGUUGUGUAAAAAAAAAAAAAAAAAAAAGAAAUCUCUUCAUUGGCUGCUGCUCAUACCUCUCUUUUCUUUUUCUUGCCGUUUCAUUCUCUCCUGUGAUGCACUGUGACUGUCACAGACAAGAGGGGUCAGGGAGGUUUAUCUUUGGGGGAGGGGGGCUGAAGGGUGUCAAAAAAAUUUCAGCUUAAUAAAAAAAAAAAGUCUCACUAUGUAGCUAGAUGACAUUGUACAAUUGUAUAUCUACCAUAAAGAUAAGUUAGGGGAAAUGUUUUUACAGGUCAUGGUGCUGUGGAAAGUGGCUUGCCUGCAGAUAAAAGUUGUCUUAUGGUUCAUAUUUUUGUGAAUGUGGAUGAGGGGGAAAUAAUGUGAUUUUUUUUUUUUUUUUUUUUAAUUGACUUAAAUUGAAAAUUCAGUAUGGUUGUGGUAUACGUUGGUGUUGGACAGACAUUAAAAUUUUCACAGCUUUCUAAUGUGAUUGAUUGUGACAGUGCUGAUGAUCGCUGAUGAUCAGACGAAAAACAACACACCUCAAACUGGCUAAGUGAUGAGUUUUCCAGACAAAAAAAAAAAAAAGAUUGAACAUACCAGUAUUUUGCAUUAACCUCUACCUGACAAAAGGACAAGUUUAUUUGCUAAAAACAUACAUGCUGGUCUGGAAAGCUGUUUUAGCGCUCACGAUUUUGUUUCUCCUGGGUGGAUUGAAGAGUGGGUGGUUUGGCUUGAAGUGACUUGAGUGUUGUUCCUGGCUUAAGUUGUUGUUUCAUCCAAUUGGCCUUUUUUUUAAUCAAAGCUUCUCUGUGGAUCACAUCAGCUCUCUUUUCCGGAUGAGCACAUUUAGCCAGUUUGUGUGAGAGUGCCUGUCGGUGGUGUUCUUGUGGAAACGGGAAACAGUGGCCAAAGACAGCCAGUAUUGUGUUAAGUGUGGCUCAGGAUGGAUUGUAUACCACUGUGGCAAGGCAAAGUCAAAUAUGAACAUGUGAUGGUGUUAGUGUGUGUGUGGCGCUGCGGGGUGCAGAGGACCGUGAUGUGACCUACUCAAUCUCCCAGCCUGUGAGACAGGGCAAGUUGUAGUCUGACCUUGAUAUUAGACAGGAGUUUAACCUCUUUGCGCCAAAUACGCUCUUCUGCUCUGGCAUCGCUCAUCUCCUGCACCUACAUCUCCUGCACCUACAUCUACUGCAUAUCAUAACCCACUCAGCUUCUGUCUAGUAUCCUGUCCACCCUACUGCUCAGAUCCCUUUUACUUUCGGCCUUCAUCUUAGGCUCCUACACUUCCGAUGAACCAUGCCCUGCUUCUAUGAUACUGGUUAUAUAGACUUUGCUGAGUGAAAUCAUGUAAUCCACAAUCACAGAAUUAGCAUUCAGAGGAUCGGUUUUGUGCAUUCCAUCUUAAAUUGUUUUGUUUUGAUAUCAUUUUGUUAUUUUUUUAAACAGAAAAAAAUAAAGAUGCCAUAUACAUCUUGACAUAUUCAUGUAUCAAAAAUCAGAAUACAGUCGAACUUAAGGACCUGGUAUCAUUUCUUGUUGCCCUGUUUCAGCACUUCGAAUUGUACUUCUGAUUUCUGCAGAUUCAAUAAAAUGUCAUUUUUUUUCUCA